AAUUAACUGUUAUCCUUACGUGACUCACAUGCCUUCACUGACAUAUGCAGACCUGAAUCUAACUGUGACCUUAUUGAGCCUCAUCAGCGUCAAACUGUACGAGUGAAAGAGUCUCUCCUCUGUCACUCCUUUCCCAUUCAGCCAAAUCACCGCAGUGCCGAAAGACUGAGAGCGAGGAGGAGAAAGAGAGAGAGUGAGAGAAAACACGCGUGUGUGUGUGUUAGAGAGAGUGACGGGGAGAGAGAGAGAGAGGAGAAAACUGCAAAAUCUGUGAAGGUUUCCUGGCGUCCGCUGGUUCCACUCGACGGCCGUGCAGCGCUGACUGGAGGAUGAGUUCAUUUAGCACCAGGGCGCUGACGCUGCUGUCGUCGGUGUUCGGGGCGUGUGGUCUGCUCCUGGUGGGAGUGGCCGUUUCCACAGAUUACUGGCUGUUAAUGGAGGAAGGCAUCAUUCUGCAGCAGAACCAGACCACAGAGGUCAAGAUGGCUCUGCAUUCUGGACUCUGGAGGGUCUGUUUUGUGGCUGGGCCAGAGAAGGGGAGAUGUGUGGCAUCUGAAUACUUCACUGAGCCAGAAAUAGAGAUCACUACUGAGAACACAGCCAAUAUACUAAAAAUGGUCAGGACCGCCACCCCAUUCCCUAUGGUCUCACUUCUUUUUGUCUUCACGGCUUUUGUCAUAAGCAACAUCGGCCACAUCCGUCCCCAGCGUACCAUUCUGGCCUUCGUCUCUGGAAUCUUUUUCAUCUUAUCAGGUUUGAGUUUAGUGGUUGGUCUGGUUUUGUAUAUCUCCAGUAUCAAUGAUGAAGUGAUGAACAGGCCUCGGGAGCCAGAGCAGUUCUUUCAUUACCAUUACGGCUGGUCGUUUGCCUUUGCUGCCAGCUCCUUCCUGCUCAAAGAGGGUGCUGGGGUCAUGUCAGUCUAUCUCUUCAUGAAACGUUACGCUGAGGAAGAGAUGUACCGACCCCACCCUGCACUGUAUCGCCCUCGUCUGUCUGAAUGCAGUGACUACAGUGGCCAGUACCUGCACCCCGACUCGUGGCCUCCUCCUCAACGUGGACGCAGCGGCUCUGAGGUGUCCAGCGACAUCUCCAUUCAGCUCAACCAGACCCCCCUGCCUCCUCAAACGAAAGGCAGCGGGCCAUCUAAUCCGCCCUCUUCCUCGGGCCCCUCCUCCGGGGCCAGUUAUCACCUCCCACCUGCUUCCUCCUCCUCCUCCUCUUCCUAUCCUCACACCAUCCACUCUUCCCAUUCCAGCAGCCACGUCCCUCAGUCUCUCCCAAUGGCCGCGCCCCCAUCUGCAGUCCCGCCUCCUCGUUAUCAUGCGCAUAUGCGUAUGAGCGCAUCCCCGUGUUAGAGCUCCUCCGCAUUCAAUACCUAAACAACACAAAUAUGAGUAUAACCUUAGGAAAGAGGGUAAAACUCCAGAGACAAUGGCAGAAAAAUGGAGAAAAGGGUGCUAAGUUGCAAAGAGGUAGACAAUGAAGCAUUUUACUCGCAAUUCUGUGCCUGAAUAAUGUUUUAACAGAUUCUCAGAGUGAGAUUUAACAAAGGACUGAAGGAAUUGGGAUUUAUACAUAUAGAACGAAUGUAUGGAGGAGGAUGAAAACAGAAAAAAUUGUGCAAAAUACUGACCGAAGUAGUUGAGAAUAAUUGUAUACAUAUUUAAAUUUGUAUGUAAAAACUGAGUCCAUUUUUUCAUUCCACUUCAUAAAUCUUGAGUGUCAUGAGCCUGUUUAUAUCAUUCCUUGUUUAUACUAAAGCAUAAAGACACGAAUGCGCCCCCAAAGGUGGCCGAUUUUAUUUUAAACGGUGUCACAGAUGUGUUUCAGUGGACAAUUUCUGUACAUAACACAUAUAAACCGCAGUAGUCAUCUAGUGUAGUUCAACAUAUUAUGUUUUAUCGUGUGGGCAAGGAAAACUUUAGGUGCAGGGGUCCGAUUCGUCCUUUACUAUCAAUUUGUAAUGUUUUUAGAUUUGUACAUCAGGGUAGAUGAUGUUCUACAAAGCUGACUGAUGUUUCUUUACUGGGAUGAUGUUGUACGCUUGGCCCCACGGCCCUCAAUAUGCCUUGUGUUUUCUUGUGCUCUCAUAUUGAAUAAAAAAAUAACACCGUCUAGCAGUGACAUAGCACGAUACGAAAAGGAAACCAUUUGAAACAACUUACUUUAAUCUAGAGUGGAGACUGACUCCUACAGUAUAUGAAUGCAGGAGAUAUUCUCUCCUUCGCUGUUCAGUCAUCAUCUUAAAAAUGCAGCCGUUACUUCGCUUUUAUUAUUGAUAUUAUUAUUACUACAACUAUUAAUUUAAUCGUUUAUCAUACAAAAAGAAUCUAAACCUUACGUGUAUACUAUAUUAUGAGAGAAGCUAUUGUAUAUCCAUCCUGUGCCUAUUGCAGCACAGCAGUGUUAGAGAUCAUCUUUUAGAGUAGACCUGUUAUGGAAUUAUGAAAAGUAAUUAAAGAAAUCAGCAUGAGAAAGCCUUUAAUAAUAGCACAAAGCAAGGCCGUAACUAUGUAAUGGACAUUGGGGGAGAAACUAAAUAAUAGUAAAACAAAAAUACUAUUAAUCAGGUUUAACUAUUUUAAUCAG